GGGAGGGGGAUGGAGGAGGGAGGAGGAGGGAGAGGGCGGGGCUGUCCCCGCGCGCGCCGCCGAGGGGCAGGGCCCCCUGGCCCCCGCCCUUUCCCACGCACCGGCCCCGUCGCCCCCGCGCGCGCACACUCGCGAGCCCAGGCGACAUGCAAAUGAGCCCGGCUCCAGUGCCCAGACCCAAGUCCCCCACUGCUCAAUGGACAUCCCCAGCCCAGACCCGUUGCCUUCGCCUUUGCCAGGGGAGGAAGAGAAACCUCUGGCCUUACCUUCUCCUGUUCCCCGGGGCCGCCGAGGCCGGCGUCCCGGUGGGGCCACCUCCUCGAAUCAGACGCUCAAGGCCACCCUCCCUCGCAAGCGGGGCCGCCCCCCCAAGUCAGGGCAGGAGCCCCCGCUGGCACAGGGGGUGACAGCCCCUGUGGGCAGCGGCGGUGGCAGCGACCUCCUGUUGAUCGAUGAUCAGGGUGUACCCUAUACCGUCUCUGAGGGGUCAGCGGCAGGUUUGCCUGAGGGCUCUGGCCCUAAGAAGGCCCCACACUUCUGCCCGGUGUGCCUGCGGGCCUUCCCCUACCUCUCCGACCUGGAACGCCACAGCAUCUCACACUCAGAGCUGAAGCCGCAUGAGUGCAAGGAUUGCGGCAAGACCUUCAAGAGGUCCAGCCACCUCCGGCGGCACUGCAACAUCCAUGCCGGCCUGCGGCCUUUCCGCUGCCCACUCUGCCCCCGCCGCUUCCGUGAGGCGGGCGAGCUGGCCCACCACCACCGUGUCCACUCUGGGGAGCGCCCCUACCAGUGCCCUGUCUGCCGGCUGCGCUUCACGGAGGCCAACACGCUCCGGCGCCAUGCCAAGCGCAAGCACCCCGAGGCCAUGGGGGUGCCCCUGUGUUCCCCGGACCCAGGGCCUGAACCACCGUGGGACGAGGAGGGCAUUCCGGCUACAACAGGGGCUGAGGAGGAGGUGGAGGAGGAGCCGGAGGAGAAAGAGCUGGCUUGAUCCUGGGCCAUGGCUCCCCAGGUCAGGUUUACAGCUGGGAGUUCAGCUGGUGCUGAGCCUGGGCAGGAGAGCUGGGCCCCCCUCAUACCUGGUGGUCCUCUCGUUGUGGGAGGGGGUUGAGGGUGAGGACCUGAACUCUUGGGUCCUGCUGCCUUCUGCCACCCUCCCCCGGACUGACAGGCCCCUGGAGGUAGGGGCCUUGGAAAUAAAUCUCUGCCUACUGGC